AUGGAACCCAGACAAAUACCCUCUGUGUAUCCUUCUUCCUUUUCUUCUUUCUCUUCGUCUCUUUUUCUUUUUAUUAUCUUCCUUGCUCUCUCGUCCACCGUUCGAGCGACAGCGUCUUCGGCUGGCUGUACCGUACUGCCGUCGAAUAGCUCUGCGGAUCUGUCGUUCACCAACCAAAAGAGGUUCCAUCUGCAGAGCAAUCAAUACACCGUUCCGUCGCACGCUAUUGUCGCACCUCUGACCCAACAUCUGGUCAAUUUAAACGGUACUGACCUUCAGAGGUUCAAUGUCACUGGGAAUCCCGUGGAUGUUGGCGCAUACAACUCGCUCGGUUUGAGUACAGGCGAUAUUGCCUUUGUCAGCUGCGACACGUCUCUGUACCCAGGCAAUUUGGAUGCCAGUGCAACGGUAUCAAAUCUUCUUACAGCGCAAGAGAAGGCAUCUGCGGUUCUUCUGUACAGCACUUCUGCUUCCCAUUGCAACUAUACUGUGAACAACGACGCCGCCGGCCUAUAUACCAACGUUUUUACCCUUUUGAACCCAGCCUUUGCCGAGUCGCUUAGUGUUCAACUCAGUAAGCAGAACGGGAACGGCUCUCUCAGCAUUGUCUACAACAUGUCCUUCGUGGGGACAGUCACCCCGUCGACCCCGGAUGGGUCAACGGACAGCCCCAACACUGCCAUGAUCAUCCUGUACAGCAUCACUGGCAUUAUUACUGCGCUUUUCUUAGCGAUCAUUAUUACCGGGGCCAUCCGGGCCCAUCGUCAUCCGGAACGCUAUGGCCCCCGAUAUACGGCGGGGCGGCCUCGACAAAGUCGAGCGCGAGGGAUAGCAAGGGCGAUGCUGGAUACGAUUCCCAUCGUCAAAUUUGGGGAUAAUUCUGACCCCAAGACAGACCCCGUCAAGGGUGAUGUGGAGAUGUCCCUCGGGACCGAGGAGGAAGGGGUCACUGAGCGUCGAGAGGCACCGACUGCCGAUGGAUCCCCUCCAUCUGUAACUGGUGGCCAGCGGAACGAUGAAACCGAAACCACCAAGGCUGAAACCGACUCCGAACGGCGAGGCACACCGAUACCCGCGACAGAUGCUGAAUCACCGAAUGAACAUCCAAACUUUUCCUGUCCAAUUUGCACGGAUGACUUCAUCAAGGGUCAGGACCUUCGCGUGUUACCCUGCAACCAUCAAUUUCACCCGGAAUGUAUUGAUCCUUGGCUGGUCAACGUCUCUGGCACUUGCCCCUUAUGCCGGAUCGACCUCAAUCCGCCACAGGCCGAGGAAGAGCACGAGCAGGGUGAGGGUGGCAACAACAACAACAAUACAUCUCAAGACAACGCGACUGCACCAGCAGCAGACGCUACUUCCAGUCGUCAACAUCGCCGGAUAUCUUCCUAUCUGCAUGGCACCCUGAAUGCGCGCCGGAUGCGCGAUGCCACCGUGGAGGAAAGACUUGCUGCGCUCCGAAGCGUACGGGAGGAAGCCAGCCGGGACGCUAGCAACGAAGAGGCAGAGCGCCGACGCAAUCGACUGACGGCACGGCUACGCGAGCGAUUCCGUAUACGAACACGCACACAUGGAGUCGAGGCUACGGCGCAAUCAUAG